CCCGCCCGCCCAGGGCCCUGCGCCUGGGGCGGCCGCUCCUGCCCCCGCCGCCGCCGGGGCCCCGCCGCCCCGCACCGAGGCUCUCUCCCCUACCCCGAGGAUAUUACUCAUCUGAUUGACCCAGCGGAGAGGGGAGAGGAGAAAAAAAAAAAAAAAAAAAAAAAGACGCAGGAUCCGCAAACGUGCAGUCUGGCUGUAAACAAUGCAAUUGAAGGCUGCUGCUGCUCUAAUCCCCUGACUACCGGCCCCUGCUUCUCCCCAGCAACGCGUUUUGGGAUCCGCGGGGAGGAUGCGGGCGGUCGCUGCGUGGAUUUAACUCGUGCCUCCGUGUCCCUUUCGGCGGGGACGGGGAGGGCUGGAUGGCGCUUCCAUGGAUGCCGGAGCGGGGGCCGCCUAACCGCGCCGCGCCGAGCAGCGGCGUGACUCCCCGAGCCGGCUGUGCCUCGGGAGGAUUUUAAUUGUAUUUUAUUCUAUUUUUUUGUUGUUGUUGUUCUUGUUCAAUUGGGUCGCAGUGGUUCUGCGUUUCGAGUCGCGGUUCCAGGAACCCCCCCCCGCCCCGCCACCACCACCCUUCCCGCUCUCUCCGGCACCUCUGCGAUGCCCGGGCUGGAUGCUGCUGCCUGAAGUGGGGAGAGGAGACAUGUAUCUUCUGGACAGCAGCGAGCCCCCGGCCGCCGCCGCCUCCCCGGAGAGGAUGCAGCGGGGCACCCCGCAGAGGAAAACAGUCUACCGCAUCUCCGUGACCAUGGUGAAGAAGGAGCUGCUGGGGCCGGAGAGCGGCCACCCCGGCCCGGAGCUGCCCCGCCGCGGGCGGAGCCGGGCGCCGGGCUCCUCCAGCCUCACCAGGGCCGGGCUGCUGCUGGUGGAAGAGGAGGAGGAAGGCGAGGAGGAGCGGGAUGGAGUCACCCCCAGCCCCUGCGGCUUCCGCAACUUCAGGACCCUCAGCACCGGGCAGCUGGAGCUGGGCCGCCUCAAGGUGCCCCGCAGAGCCGGGCCGCCCGUCCCCGCCGAGCUCGGCUUCGGGGAGCCGGCGGCCACCUCCGCCGGGGCUCAGCACGCCGCCUCCCCCGAGGAGGCGCCCGGGGGAGCGGGGACCCGCGGGCCGCCCUCCGCCCGCCCGGCCGAAACCCCGGGGGAGCGGGGGCAGAGCCCCUGGCGCCAGCCGGGCCUGCUGCGGCGGAGCUUCAGCUUCAGGCACUGGAGCGGCGGCGGCGGGGAGCUGCCGCGGGUGCGGGCGCUGAGCCGGGUGCGGAGGCACAGCAGCUCCGGGUGCCUCCCGGGGCCGGGGCCGAUGCCGAGCCAGGCCCCCGGGGCUCGGGGCUCGCCGCCAGCCCCCGCUCUCCCCCCGGAGAAGCGCAACACACUGGACGUGGGCGAGGUGCUGAGCCAGGCGGACCCGCUCUCGCAGCUGGAGCGUUGGGAGAGGAGCAAGAGCAAGAACCGGACCCUGGAUAACAGCGACCUGCAGCGGCUUUCCGAGCGGCUGGGGAGGGAGGGCCCCGCCGCCCCCCCCGAGCACCGGCUGCUGCGCUUCUUCAGCGGCAUCUUCUCCCGCAAAGACGGGCCCUCCGCCCUCUUCGGCAGCCCCCACGGGCGGUCCCCCCGCAGCAGCUUCUCCAGGUCCAGGGCUUAUUUUAGCAGCCUCAGGAGAGCCACCGUGGACAUGCAGUCUAGCUCCGAGAGCAUCAAUGGGUCCCCUCAUAAAGAUGCCUUUGUAAAUAGCCAGGAAUGGACACUAAGCCGAUCUGUACCAGAACUGAAAGUGGGGAUUGUGGGUAACCUAGCGAGUGGCAAGUCUGCACUUGUACAUCGGUAUCUGACUGGCACAUAUGUCCAAGAGGAAUCACCUGAAGAUAUGGAUGCAGGUGGGAGAUUCAAGAAAGAGAUAGUAGUUGAUGGACAAAGCUAUCUGCUGCUGAUCAGAGAUGAAGGGGGCCCUCCGGAGGCACAGUUUGCCAUGUGGGUGGAUGCCGUUAUAUUUGUCUUCAGCUUGGAAGAUGAAAUUAGCUUCCAGACUGUUUACCACUACUACAGCCGUAUGGCUAACUAUCGUAACACUAGUGAAAUUCCAAUGGUACUAGUGGGAACCCAGGAUGCUAUAAGUUCCAGUAAUCCACGUGUCAUAGACGAUGCCAGAGCGAGGAAGUUAUCGAAUGAUCUCAAGAGAUGCACUUACUACGAAACCUGUGCCACGUAUGGACUCAAUGUGGAGAGAGUCUUCCAGGAUGUUGCUCAGAAGAUCGUUGCAACAAGGAAGAAACAGCAACUCUCAAUUGGGCCCUGCAAAUCUCUACCAAACUCUCCAAGCCACUCAUCCGUGUGUUCUGCCCAGGUUUCUGCCGUACAUAUCAGCCAGACCAGUAAUGGAGGAGGGAGUUUAAGUGAUUAUUCCUCCUCUGUCCCAUCAACUCCAAGCACCAGCCAGAAGGAGCUACGGAUUGAUGUUCCUCCCACUGCCAACACACCAACUCCUGUCCGUAAACAGUCCAAGCGCCGAUCCAACCUCUUCACGUCUCGGAAAGGGAGUGACCCAGACAAAGAGAAGAAGGUCCUGGAGAGCAGAACAGAUAGCAUUGGAAGCGGUCGCGCAAUCCCAAUUAAACAGGGUAUGCUGCUAAAGCGAAGUGGCAAGUCACUGAAUAAAGAGUGGAAGAAGAAAUACGUGACAUUGUGUGACAACGGUGUGCUGACCUACCAUCCCAGUUUACAUGACUAUAUGCAGAACGUUCAUGGGAAAGAAAUCGACUUGCUGAGAACCACUGUGAAAGUCCCUGGGAAGAGGCCGCCCCGAGCUACGUCAGCUUGCGCACCCAUUUCCAGCCCCAAAACAAACGGCCUCUCCAAGGACAUGAGCAGUUUACACAUCUCGCCAAAUUCAGGGAACGUGACUACUAGCACAUCUGUGUCUCAGAUGGCAAGUGGGAUCAGUCUAGUCUCCUUCAACAGUCGUCCGGAUGGUAUGCAUCAGCGCUCUUACUCGGUCUCCAGUGCAGAUCAGUGGAGUGAGGCAACAGUCAUUGCAAACUCUGGCAUUAGCACUGAUACCGGGUUAGGAGAUUCUGUGUGUUCAAGCCCAAGUAUAUCCAGUACGACGAGCCCCAAACUUGAUCCACCUCCUUCACCUCACGCCAACAGAAAGAAACACCGCAGGAAGAAAAGCACGAGCAAUUUCAAAGCCGAUGGUAUCUCGGGCACAGCUGAAGCCAAACGCAAAGCUUGGAAACUAAACCGUGUUGGUAGCCUGCGAAAUAUAUACAGCAGCAGCAGCACCAACACCGAAGAACAAGAAGAAAACUUUGAGUUUAUCAUUGUCUCUCUCACCGGCCAGACUUGGCACUUUGAAGCUACCACAUAUGAAGAAAGAGAUGCGUGGGUACAAGCCAUAGAGAGUCAGAUCUUGGCCAGUUUACAGUCAUGUGAGAGCAGCAAGAACAAGUCCCGCCUGACGAGUCAGAACGAGGCCAUGGCCCUUCAGUCCAUAAGGAACAUCCGAGGCAAUUCCCACUGCGUGGACUGCGAAGCACAGAACCCCGACUGGGCCAGCUUGAAUCUGGGAGCCCUCAUGUGUAUCGAAUGCUCAGGUAUACACCGAAACCUUGGCACGCACCUCUCCCGGGUCCGCUCUCUCGACCUGGAUGACUGGCCUCUAGAGCUCAUCAAGGUGAUGUCUUCUAUCGGGAACGAGCUAGCAAACAGCGUCUGGGAGGAGAGCAGCCAAGGCCAUAUGAAACCUUCGUCAGACUCCACGAGGGAAGAAAAAGAGCGCUGGAUACGUGCGAAAUACGAGCAGAAGCUCUUCCUUGCCCCGCUGCAGUGCCUGGAGCUUUCCCUGGGCCAGCAUCUCCUGAGGGCUACAGCCGAGGAGGAUUUGCGGACGGUCAUCCUGCUCCUUGCCCACGGGACUCGGGAAGAGGUGAACGAGACCUGCGGAGACGGUGAUGGGCGCACUGCCCUCCACUUGGCCUGCAGGAAAGGAAACGUGGUGCUGGUGCAGCUCUUGAUUUGGUACGGCGUCGACGUGAUGGCGCGCGACGCCCACGGGAACACGGCGCUGGCCUACGCCCGGCAGGCCGCCAGCCAGGAGUGCGUCGACGUUCUCCUCCAGUACGGCUGCCCCGACGAGCGCUUCGUCCUCAUGGCCACUCCAAACUUGUCCAGGAAGAACAAUAACCGGAACAACAGCAGCGGGAGGAUGCCCACCAUCAUCUGAGGAGCUCACUCGGGCAUUUCGCUGACCUGAAUUACAUCCGCAGCCUCAUAUUCCUCCAUCCCCAUCACAGCUCUGCUCUGUGAGUCUGGUAACUCUCCUUUUCCCUUUUCCCUUCGGUACACCCCUGUCCCAUCCGGAAACGGCGCGUCUGGAGAGCGCGAGGGGAUGAGAAGGAGCAAAAAAGGGGCUGCAGAGGAAGCGGUUGGUUUCAGUGACAGCUCUCGAACGGCGGCCACGAGCGGGCGAGAGCACGUGGGUUGAGCAGGACGCACGGCGCGUGGCACCGGGACCGCGGGAGAGCAGUCGUCCCCCGGGGCGGGGGGGACGCAGGCUCCCCGAGCGCGGAGGGAAGGGGCGGAGGGAGAGGCGAGCGAGAGGAGAAGGAAGGAGAGAUGGUGACUUUCCGUAACUGACAGUUAAGCACAUCAGUACAUUUCACCUCUACCAAACGCGACGCCUGGAUUUCAUUCUCUUCUCUGAAGAGCUUGACGGCAUAAAUCAGAAGCAAGCACAGAGUUUGUCAGGUUUGAAGCUCCUAUGAUGGUAUGUGUCAAAUCAGUUGUAGCUAAUCUGUCCGGGGAGAAUACUGGCUUCAUUACACUUGUAUAGUUGAGUUCUUCCAGCAUUACCGCUGUUUAAUAGAACAUGAUUAGUCAUCACGGAGAAAAAAGCAUAUUAGCUGAGGAGGUAGUUACAUGGCACGCUUCGGUGAUUGCUUGGAUGUGAUUGCAAUAUUCUUAGAAGCAUCAUAUUAUCUCAGACAUGUUCUUUCAAGCCCUUGGAGCCCUCCUUUCUAAAUUCACUGUCAUAAUUUAGUAUCUGUUUAAUUUUUCAGUCCAAAGAGAGGAAAUGAGUUGCUGAGUGUUAUUUGACUGCAGUCUCCUUGGUGUAAAAACAAAAUGGAAAAAAUAAAUAAGAGUAACUAUGAAACACAAAAAGGAAUAAUGAAUACCGCUAAGGAAAAACAUUUCAAGUACGUUUAGUGAAAUUAAUAAACGCAUUAAAGGCUAAUACUUUUUCAGCCAGCAGAAAUAGGUUCUGUCAUUUUGCCAAGGUAAAUGUGUUGAGUUUUUGGUCACUCCUGUGAUGCAUUGCCUAACUUAUACAGAUUUUUGUAUUGUGUCUCUAGAUGAUAUGUAUGUAAAAUCUAUUUGAAUAAAAAAAAAACAUAAAUAUGCAUUGAUUAUUUUUUUUUUUUUGUACAGAAAAUGACAUCUCUGUUAAUUUAUAAACUGUAAUGGAUGUGAACUAAAUAAUGUGCAACUAGUUAGGAUCUGUGGGUUACAGAUCAUUGUACAUUGAAAAUAUUCCCAGCAGUGAACUCUUGUUUCCAUUGCAAGCCUUUGAGGAACGUAUCAGAAGGAGAUUAUGGCAUGUUUGGCAUGGGAGAAAAAAAAAAAAAAAAAAAAAAAAAGUAUAGAAAGGAAAAAGAGGCUGUUUCUAAGCGCUGUAAAUAUAUUUUACUCCAGAAGUCACGAAGCUUUCACAAGCCAAGACAAAAAGCCCUAGUCUGGCUGUGGGAAGAUCAGAUUUGAUUAAGUUCAGAAUUGAUAGCCUUCACCGCGGCGGGCAGGGCAUGGCUGCGCUUGACUCCCAACUUGGCUGCUUUCUGGAAGAAAAAUGGCUUGUGAAAGUAGCCUGGACAGUUCAUUUGAAUUCCAAGUUUUAAUACUUGAUUUGAUUAUUUUGGUAUUACCGGGCAGAUCCCAGCUUCUCCUGUUUUCCGCAAAGUAGGAUUCUGGCACUGGGAAGCAGGCUGUAUGGUUUUUGGCAGGCAGAAAAGUGAUUUUUUUUUUUUUUUUUUUUUUUUUUUUUUUAAGUGGCAUAUGGCAAUGUGAAGAUGGGGGAAGGGUAUAUCACGGAGAAAGUUGAAAACUCCACUGAAUUUGAUGGCAAAGGAGCAAUUACGUGAAGGCAGUGAGGUGCACACAGCAUAGUAAUUUGCAAAUCGACCUGCUCAUAUGUAUUUCCUAAGCCUUCAGUGGUAUUCUUCCUUGGGGCUCUGGAUUCCAUUUGGCUUGUGUACAAAUGGGAGGAGCGUAGCAACUGCUAAAAUACAUGUGGACAAAAUGUGAAGGGAAGAACGUAAUCGGGGUAUUAAAUCAGAUAAUUACGGAUUUGGUGUAAAAUCAUCACAUUUUGGAAGAAAAGCGAGCCUCAAGGCGGAAGCACAAGAAUAUCGACUGAGCUUUUCCUAUUCGGUGGUGUUCUCAUUUUGUACUUUGUUACUGUAUAGACCUUUGACUAUUUGGGGCGGGGGGGGGGCAGGGUACGGAAUCUUUCUUCAACCAGCCGAGACUGGCUGCAUCAGAGUAAGGCUACAGCUGAUUCUCUUCAUCCUGGGGUAAUUUGAUUUUAUUUUUUUAACUGAGGAAGGGUGGUUGUUGCAAUUGCUACUUCUCCAUCAUUCCCGUGCAGCUCCCUGAUCUUUGGUACUUACGGGUGGUCCUUCAGCGACGGGACGACCCCCCCUAACGUGGAGCUGAAGGGGAUGCUGUGAAGCCCGCUGUGUCUUGGUGCUCACGAGCUUUACACCUCUACGGGGGGGGGGGGGACACGCAGCAGGGAUUUGGGAAUCGCGGCUCGUGGUCCCAGAGGUGCUGUAGCUGCCUGCUGUUCCCCUGGGAGCAUCAAGGGCACCUGUAUCCGAAAACCAAGUCCAAUCUUUCGAAGACCUGGUAGGCAGCUUUGCUGCCGUUAAGUUCUCAAUGCGUAUCCCAUUUCUGAGCUGCGUUUUUUCCCAGUUGAGAAUAUUUUCUGUACAUAAUCUAAUCUUCUCUUUGGGCCACCUUCCUCUUAGAAAGCUGAGAGUGAUGUUUGAGAAACAAAAGCAACCGGGCUGUCAUGCAGAUUUCGGGUAGAGUAAGCAUAUACUCCUUUCAUGAAAAUUUUCUGAAGGCGCAAACAUCAAAAAAACGCAGAAUAUUUUUAGGGGAGGAAAUUCCAUUGUAUUUAGGGAAAAUGAUAUAUCCAGGCUAGCCAGCUAAUAACCUCAUGCUUUAAUUAAGCGGUAGCACGGUUGCUUUUAACCUAAACAUGGUUUUUUUCCCUUGGAGGAGUAAGCAUUGGCAGUACCUGUGUUGGAGUGUCAUAGACUAUGUGAUGACUUCCCCCAGACAUUUGGGGGUCUGCAGGGAGGGUACCCAGUUGUGCAUGCAGAGGCGAUCCCUUCGAGAGGCGGGAGGUCACCCGGCGCCGUCUGUCCAUGUCAGGAGAGACCUUCUCUGGCACGACAGCUGGUGAUGCCCCAGCCACGGGAGAACAGAGCGAGGGUCCGUGCCCCGCAGGGUGUUGGCUACAGCAUCCCCUGCUCAAACCAACGGGCUUGGGUGGAUGGCUGUGAGACGUUGUGUGGCACCUUGAGCUAGUGGGACAGGCCACCUGGCGAGGACGUCAGGCCAGCGUAGCCUCCAUCCCCUCCUUGCGUGGUGAAGGAGGGGAGGGGAAACCCCUUCCCACCGCAGCGGAGAGCGAGCGUGGAGGAAGUUGCCCGUGGCUGGAACCCAGAGGGGCUUGGCUUUCUGCGUGCUUUCAGGGGGAUGCGUUUGCACUUUGCAAAGGAUGUUCCUGAAGUCGUCCGGGUGCGGAAGCAGCCGAUACAUACCGUCACUUGGAGAACCUGCAGGAAUCGUUCCCCUUGCUUUCACCCUGUUAACCCGUCCGUUUUCGGUUCUUCGUCUCCCGUUUGGCCCCUCUCGUUGCUUUUAUGGGACCCCCUUGCCAAGCUGUUUACGCCCUUUGAGCGUGUUAUGAGCAAAUUAAAACCAAAUUGAGAUCAAGUCAGUAAGAAAUCCCAGCAGAAACAUGUUAGCUAAGGCUGUUUUCUCCAUAAAUGGAGUCCACGGCUGUGGUUUCCAUUGCUCCCCCAUUUAACCCUUUUAAUCAUCCCAGAUAUCUUUAAAUCCCCCUUCCUCUGCACUUUAUCCACGACGACUAACACACUAUAAGCGAGUCAGCCAUUGCUAUUAACAUCAGCACUUUCCUUCUAUUUGUUUUAAGCUAAUUGCUGUUGAAGGGUGGAGAUGAGUCGGAUGUGUCGCACCCAGCAUCUGAACCUUGAUGUUCCCAGAGUUGAGGGGGGUUUACUUCUCCUCACUAUUUAUGAAGAAAUAAAUAUCUAGCCUUGGGAAAAUUCAGGGUCCUGUCAGUGCAGAGAUUUGGCCAAGGCCUCCCAAUACCAGAUUUCUGAUUUCGUUGCUGAAAGGGGGCAGAAGAAGAAAAGCUAUUUUUGGAGAACCUUGGCAUUUCAUAGGGCAUAGUGUAUAAUAACUGUGUAAACGUUAAUAUUGUUUAAUUUGAUGUCUUUUCCGCGUCUCCCUAAAUUAUGUGUGUUAAUGCAAAAAGAGAUUUAGCUGCAUUUGGAGAUUUCCCCUGGCCAGAGGAAGCUGAGUAACGUAGGGAGAGGAAUAGAGGUGGGAAUGCAGAUACGGGCUUAGAGAUGAUCUCCAGCACUGUAAUGUAGUAUAAUUAGAUUAUAUGGGGUUUGGGUACCUUCAUCCUUUAUAUUUGUAUGGAGAUCGGGAAAAAUGAAGUAAUUUGUAGUUUCUAGUAUAAAGUAGUAAUAGUGGAGACAAGCACAUUUUUCACAAGGGGGUCCCGAAGGGGCCCUUUCCAAACGUCUCGGGGAGCCGUGUUUGCACCUUAACGAGGGAACAAAUGGUCAUUGUGGCUGGAGGGCCUCAAGGUGAAGGAGGAGAGAGUCGGGGACCAAACCUGGGGCAGCUUGGCUGGGUAGGAGGCAACUUGCCCAUCCUCAUCUCAUCGUCAGGCAUCUUCGUUUCCCGUCCGGUGGCUGCUACGGCGAUGCGUACACGGCAUCUCUGGCUAGUAGUCUCGGAUCCUCAAUUCAACAUCUCCUUCCAUUCUUGGUGAUUCUUGGGUAAAAUUUAUCGUGUAGAAAAACAUUUUAGGAUGUUCUUGUGUUUGCUGCGGAGCAGAAAAAUUUUAAAAAAUCCGCUACAGAUUAAAGUUCUUUUCAAGGUACAAAACCACUAAACUACCCCAGAUUAAAAAGUUCUGCCAUGAGUUUUGACUUCUUAAAUUCUAAGCUGCAAAAAGAAGGUUGGCUUGAAUGGUUUUAUUAGAAAAUAAUCUCCAUUUUGAAAAAAAUGUAGAGGUAAUAGAGCAAGAUACCCAAAGCUGUAGGUAGGUAGAUUUGUUGUAUUAUGAUAUUCUAGGUUUUGGUUUGUUGUUUAGUGUGGGCCAGUUUUUCAAGUAAAUAUUGGGUGAUCUCAUCUCAUGAUAGUUUCCCUUGAGUUGACUGAAUCUGUCUCAUGUUUUAAAGGGAGGUUUGAAGGGUUUUGGCCAAGAUUUUCAGGAGCUGUGAAUAGCUCAUGUUUUGAGAGGAGGAUUGCAUGAUUUCUGAAAGUAAAAAGUUGGUUUGGGUUUGUUUUGGUUUUUUUUUUUUUUUUUUAGAGACAUCUUAAGCCCCAAAUCGUUAGCCAUGCUUCUGGUCAUCUUGGCCCCUCUGUUUCAUUUCAGGUGACAGCAAUAUGUGGGUGAAUUAACUCCCAUCGUUUACUACCGUUCCCUGAAUGCUUGGGGGGUACUUCUGCUUGUGGGUGGAUGAAAUAAAAAUGUCUUUGUGCGUUUCAGCAGUUUUAGCCUCUUCAUCUCUAUAUGUCUGCCUCUCUCCCAAAUCCCUGUGGCAUAUUCAAGCAGUAGCGGUCAGUUCUGUUGACAGGCAGAGCUUCAGCUUUCUCAUGGCCAUGAACUUUCUGGAUGUGUGUUUAGCUUCCAGUACUAAGGAUUGACUAUUUUGCAGUGCUUCAGAGCUAGUAAUUUUUACCUGUGUGCUAUGUACAAAAUGGGAAGGGGGGGUGGGGGGGGGCGUGGGGAUGCUUACAGAGGUCUAAUGGCAUGCGUUUGGGAUGACCAUGUUGCUUGCUGGCAGUGAAUGCACCAUCAGCUCUUUUGUGUAUGCCCUGUUUUCCAGAACCGAUCAAUGUUUUUUUGUUCCUGAGAACCGAAGUAGCUGAAAACGCUUCCCUGGUCCUCUUGAAUGACAAGGUGCAGGGAGUAAAACCCCUCGCAGCAGACAACUUGAUAGUGUCUGAUCCGUGCUGAAGGCAAACCCCAAGCUCAUGCAGGACCGAGGAAGGGUUUUGGUGCUGAAGGUGGGUUGCUAUUUGGCAACUAGUUCCCAGAUCUGGGGAUUGAGUUGAGGUGAAUCGGUGGAUGAAGUGCAGUCAAGGUAGUUUGAGUCCUAAGGUAAAGGCAGUGGAUCACAUGGAGGUCAUUGAGGACACGUGCUUUGCAUUUGGUGUGCAUAUGUGUGCUGAUAUAUGCAUAUACGCUCUACAUACUGCUGUUAGCAACGGUGGAAAUGCACGUGCGCACAUUUACACGUUAAUCAAAAUCUAUAGCUAGAGCCUGGUUUUCAGUUAGAUGUUUCUAAACGGGCAAGUUUCCCAGUUUGACUUGAGACCGGCCAUUCCCAAGAGCGCAGGAGACAGGCGCAGGAUGGGGAGCACCUGCCCGAGGGAUGGAGAGGUGGAGGAAUAGGAGGUACAGGCUUGCUGCGGCUCUUGCGAGCCAUCAGAUGCUCAGGACUCGCACAAAAACCUGCCUCAGAGGUUUUAAAAAAAAAAAAAAAACAAAACAAAACAGCUUCUUCAGACAGCAGCACUCAACUUGAGAAAACUUUUAACUUGGCCACCGGGGCUGAAGCUGGCCCCCUUGCUUGAGAGAAGAAAGCCCAGCUCACCAGCCCUGGGGUGUUAUCAUGGGAAACACUGGGGAAAGAGAUUCUGAAGGUGGAAAGGACAGAGGACUUGCUGCUCGGAAGCGCUUUUUUAUAUAAAUUUGCUUGAAACACAGCUUACUGGCUGAAUUUAACUGUGGGACCAGCUUGCUGUCCUCCUGUAGCUGACUCGGCGAUGCUUCGGGUCGUGCUGCUGUUUGUGGGGCCGUCGGGGGUGACGCUGCUCAGACGUUUCUGAAGAGCGUUACCUAGGUGGAUCCUUCCCCAAGAGCAGCUCUUCAUCCCUCCCUCCACAUCUUCUUGGCCAUUAAGCUCUGGCCCCAAAAUUUCCCCAGGAGGGAGCCACAAACCUCGGCUGAAGUGCGGAGGCUUUGCGUGUACUGAGUGCUCCAGGAAAGCUUGACCAAGUGUUGCUCACACCAUUUCUAGCCUUGCUUUGGGUUUAUAUCCUUUCAGGGGAAAUCAGUAGAGAGAGGGCGAGAAGGAUGUUUGCUGGCACUAGGCAAGGUGUGGUAGGAAACACAGCUGGGCGUGCAGAAAUGGUGGGAGCAUCUUUCAUUUCCCCUUCUUGCAUCUAGGACAAAUAAUUACUUUGAAAUGCUGUUGAAAACCCUUCUGAGCGUUUUUUAGGAUGUACCCAGGGAUUCAACUGGAUUCUCCGUUGAAUCUACUGAGCUCAUUUUGCCAACCCACGGGGAAAAUAGGAUGUGUCCAUCCUCUGAAAGGGAAUUUCCUUUGCUCCGGGGGAAUACCACGUUUCCAGGGGACCGCAUGCAUUCGGUCCAGCUUUCUUUUACUAUUUAAUUGUCAAAAGCAUCUUUCACUUGCAGGCAGCUCGCGUCGGUGGGUGCACAGACUGAAGGGUUAUUUGGGAGAGGAGCGUCUUUUCAAACACCGGGGACUUGUUUUGUGUAACGGUUGCCUUUGGACUCUGGCUUGGGAUCGCCGCGGGCCUGGAUCUGCAGCUCCCGCUGCCUUAAACCUCUCGCCUGCAGCAGGGUUUGAGCAUAUCCCGAAUGCUUUGCCCAGCGGCUUCAAGCUGGGGGCGGAUGGGCUGCAUCGUGACCUCUUUGAAGUCGGAGUUUGGCCCCUGGCGUCAGCCAGGUGGUGAUUUGAGGUUCAAUCUAGCCGGCACCUUUAUUUUGGGAAGCGCCACUGGCACUGCUUGGGAAGCAGAUACGUAUGCUAGGGUUUUUUUUCUUUAUUCCUUAAUACCCUGCGACCACCUGCAAAGGCUAGGGUUUAACGUUUGGCCACGUUUAGCCCCAAAGUCUUUCAGAUUUUCUGCUUUGUGACGUUUGUCUUUCUGGUUGGGAUGGGGAGAAGGGGGAGCCCGGGUGAGUAGGGACACCCGAGACCUCCGCUUAGGGUAGAGGCAGCAGACACCUAGCACACGGCAGGCUUUAGAGCAAGUUUUGGGUUGUUUUUUGUUUUGUUUUGUUUUGUUCUGUUUCUGUAAAUAGUAAUGUAUAAAUGAUGACAAGACAGUGUGGAAAUUAUUAAAAAAAAACAAUACGUCUUUUGUUGUUGUUUUUAUAUUACCUCAUUCGGCAAGUUUGUUUUACAAUGACUCAAUGAUGCUUUAUUUAUAUUGUUUGUACUGUAAUUAAACCGAUUGACAAACAUUUCACUUUGCCUGUUGUUUCAUAUGAUUUUGGUUUAAGUAUGCCAGUUUGUAUUAUGUUUCCCUUUCCUCUCUCUCCGCAUUGAGAUUUUUGUGUCAGCUGUACAGUAUUCUGAAUAAUUAAAAAAAAAAAAAAAAGAAAAAAAAGAAAAAAAAGUUGUAAAGUACUGCAGAGAGAGGCUGCUAUAUUGUAUAGGUCUCUUUCUAAUAAAGACAAGAAAACUUGUUCGUCGCA